AUGGCGGCGGCGACAAACCCAGACCCCGCGGCCUGGAAAAUGUCAGCAUCGUCGUCCCAUCACCAUUCCGCCACCAACCUCGCCAUCCUAGCAGAGACCCAAGCAGCUGAUCGCCUCAUUGCCGCACAUGUAACUGAAAUUCUUCAUUCAGCCCAACAGCAGCAGCAACAACAGCAACAGUCGUCCCCUGUUGGCGACAUCUCUGGCCUUUCAUCCAGCGAGAAACUCGAUGUGGGUCUCGCCGCUCUUGAUAUCUUUCUUCAAGCGAAUGUUACUGGACCUGUAGUGUCUGCAGACAAGCUUGGGUCGAUCCAAUCGAGAUUCACCAAGGCAUGGACGGCCGUCUCGACCACUGUUGCCGAGCAGACUGCUGCUACCCUGACACAGCUGCAAAGGGCCUGCUUGGCAUAUCUGGAGGUUGAUGGUGUUUCACCUUAUAGCCAUAUUCCUCACCUUGAACUCUUCUCCUUGGCCAGAUAUAUAUUCAACACAGCCCUAUCUAACGAAACAACAGCUGUCGUGCCAGUCCCUUUACAGGAUAAACAGACCAGCAACGUCAAAUACAGCAUAUCGUGGAUGAGACUGCGUAUCAACAUCUGGCACUACAAGCUCCUUACGCAGCCCAGUCUCGGCCCUGGCUCAAACUUCACAAAGAGCUCGCAAUGGAGUGAGGUCCCUAGUUUGGCCACCAGCAUACUGGCUGACAUGGAUGCUGUCCGUGGUCAAAUAGCAGGUGACGAAGUGUGGUCUGAAGCCGACUCAUGGGAGCCGCAAGACAGGGCGUACUUUCUGGUUGAAGCUGCCAACAACUACAUCCUUCUUGGACGCCAUGAAAAAGCCAAGGAGGCUCUCAAGGAAGCCACCAUGACGACUGGGCUCAAGUACGCCCUGUCUGGUGCCCUGGGCAAACGAACCAAGUUUCAAGAGAACACCAUCAGUCAGCUGGUUGUUCUGGCUCGCAGCAGUACCAACCAGGAGGAGCCUGCUGAGGAAGAACAUGACGAAGAGGAAAAGGCCAAGCCAGACGCGCUGAAGCUCAACGACGACACGCUCUUGGAAGAAAUACAAUUCUCAAGCGAGGAUAGCAAGAAGGAAGCCACCAAAGAGAAAGAAUUGCCACCAACACUGGCCGAGUUGUCCCCUGAUAAUCAACCUCAACUUACUCCACUGGAUCAAAUUAUUCUACUCACCGAGGCGACCCUAAAAGAUGCUUUUUCGCCAGUUGACACUCUUACAUCUCAAGAGAUCCUACCCUAUGCUGUUCGAGUUCUUGCCGAUAAAUCGACAAACUGGCAGAUUUACACGCAGGCACUUCUGGUGCGGUCUCGGAUUGAAGUUCAUCGUAGCAGGACGGUAGAGCGCGGUGUAUUGCAACUGCAGGCUGUCGCGGAUCAGGUCUUGACAGAUACAACCAUGGAACCCCAGGCAGCAAAUGCACCACAUGAGGAACCGAACGAAGUUGAGAGCGAAGUGCCAGCAAUACAAAUUACGUCUCCGGAUCAAGAACGUAUUACAGCUCCCACCAAGCCCCAAGUUCCUACGUCUUUCUUACCAGCACCGAAACCGACGGAAUCUGCAGCUGCACACAUUCGUCUCCGGUAUAUUGAUGCGUUGUCUACUCCACCACGAUGGCACCUCGAAUCCGAAUUGGCGUACGCCUGGGCUGGAGUCGGCUCCCUGACUUCUGCCCUUGAAAUCUUCAAGCGUCUUCGUCUUUGGGCAGAGGUGGCCUUGUGUUAUGCCAGUGCUGCUGCCUCCGAGGACGAGGACGGCCGCGGUAGCGGAGGCGAAGAAAAGGCUAAAUCCAUCAUCCGUUGGAGAUUAUUCCACCCUACAGGCGAAGAUGUUUCAGCAACGUCUAACCCAGAUGAUCAAAAUGUUGAAGACGUCAUGCAUCUAAAGGCUGCCAGUUUUGAGGGUCCUGAAAGGAGUCCUCCACCUCCCAAUGCUGCCAGACUUUGGUGCAUCCUCGGAGAUAUCGAGAACAAUCCCGACCACUACGAGCGAGCAUGGACAAUCUCCAAGCAGCGAUAUGGCAGAGCUCAAAAGUCCCUUGGCGAGUAUUACCUCGCAAAGAAAGACAUGGUUAAGGCACGAGAGGCAUACAAAUUGGCUACCAAUGUGAACCGACUCAGUCCGGAUCUCUGGAGCCGCUUGGGCGACAUAAGUCUUCGCCUGGGGCAUUUCGACGAUGCCGCCGAGGCCUAUGGCCGCUCUAUUAGCAGUGCCAACGAUGUAGCCGGCGGUGAAGGCGCCAGAACCUGGAGCAACCUGGGAAGUGCCCUGUGGAGUUUAUACUGCGAAGUGACUGCAGAGAAAAAGGACGCUGCGCCAUCGAACACAGAAACAAGAGUAAUUACCCGCGCUGAUGACGAAGAGGAUGAUAUCCUCCUCGCAGAAACGGGAGAUAAGACUCUCGAUCCUGCCACCUUGCUCUCCAAAGCUCUAGCUGCCUACAAAAAGGGCGCUUCCAUCGCCCACGACAACUGGCGCAUCUGGGACAAUGUUCUCACACUCGCAGCCCGUCUCCAACCCCCAGCAAUCCCAGACAUGAUCCUCGCCUUCACUCACAUCCUGCGAAUUCGCAAAACCGAAGACGCCAUCGACACGGACGUCCUCACCGCUCUCCUGCAGGAGGUCGUCAUUUCCAAAGACAAGCCCGCCGGAACAGGAAUCUACGAACCACCCCGAGGAUCCAUGGAACGCCUCGUCACCCGCCUGCUGGAGGAAGAAAUCGUCCCCCUCAUCACACAACGCGCCGAGCUGUGGUCCCUCAUUUCCCGGCUUCGCACAUGGCGAAGAGACUACGCCGGCGCUAUUGAUGCAUCUGAACGUGCGUGGAGAGCAGCCGUGGGAUCAUCCGGCAGUGGUCUCCUACCCGGUGAAGUGGCUGCCGAUUCGGCAGACUGGACAACAGAUAUGAAGGGGUGGACAGAAGUCGUCAAGCGGACGGAUGAGCUUGUUUCCAUCCUGGAGAACUGGGGUCCAGAUGUCGAAUCUGUGGGCAGCAAGUGGAAAGGAAAAGCACGAAGUGCAGUUCGUAGCGUCAUGAGCCGCGGGCGAGAGAAUUGGGAAGGAUCAGAGGGUUGGAGUACACUGGAAAGUUUGAUGGAAGGUUUGAAAAUCUCCAAGUAA